CUGGUUCGCCGCUCGCACCAUGGCCUGUGCCAUGCUCGCAGCCGUGGGCCGCUCGUUCUCGCUGGCGCCGAAGGGUCGCCUCGCGCGGCCGCUCUGCGCGGCGACGAUGGACGUGGGCGUCGAGGCGCCGCCGCGCCUGAAGAUCAAGAGCAUCGUCGAGGCCGAGGCGCCGGAGUCGCUCGUCGGCACGAGGACGGUGAUCAAGGGCUGGGCUAGGACCGUGCGCGCGCAGAAGGCCCUGGGCUUCCUCGAGGUCAACGACGGGUCGAGCUUCGGCGGCCUCCAGUGCGUCUUCGAGGGCGAGGCCGCGCUGAAGGAGCUCAAGGCCGUGUCGACGGGCUGCGCGGUCGCCGUCGAGGGCGAGAUCGUCACAUCCGGCGGCAAGCAGGCCAUCGAGCUCAAGGCCGAAACCCUCGAGGUCGUCGGCGGCUGCGAGGAGGGCUACCCGCUCCAGAAGAAGCGCCACUCGCUCGAGUUCUUGCGAUCGAUCGCGCACCUCCGGCCGCGGACGAACACGCUCGCGGCGGCGGCGCGCCUGCGGUCGUGCCUCGCCCAGGCGACCCACCGCUUCUUCGAGCAAGAGGGGUUCGCCUACGUGCACAGCCCCAUCAUCACCGCGUCGGACUGCGAAGGCGCGGGCGAAAUGUUCCGCGUGACGUCGCUCUCGGGCGACGCGCUCGCCAAGGCGGCGACGAAAGAGAACGGCUUCGAGGACGACUUCUUCGCGCGGUCCGCCUUCCUCACGGUGAGCGGCCAGCUCAGCGCGGAGACCUACGCGUGCGCGAUGGGCGACGUCUACACGUUCGGCCCGACGUUCCGCGCGGAGAACAGCCAGACGUCGCGGCACCUCGCCGAGUUCUGGAUGAUCGAGCCCGAGAUGGCCUUUGCGACGAUCACGGAGGCCAUGGACAACGCCGAGGCGCUGCUCAAGUCCACGAUCGCCGCGGCGCUCGACAAGUGCGGCGCGGACCUCAAGUUCUGCGACCAGUUCUACGGCGACAAGGAGCUGCUGGACCGCCUCACGUCCAUCGCCACGGGCGCGCCCUUCGUGCGCCUCAAGUACGCCGACGCCGUCGACGUGCUCCGGGCGGAGAUCGCCAAGGACCCGUCGAAGUGGCAGUUCCCGGACGUCGAGUUCGGCACGGACCUGGCGACGGAGCACGAGCGCUGGCUCGCGGAGACGCACUGCGGCGGCAACUGCGUCUUCGUCUACGACUACCCGCGGACCAUCAAGUCCUUCUACAUGCGCGACAACGACGACGGCGAAACCGUCGCGGCCUUCGACCUCCUCGCGCCGGGCGUCGGCGAGCUCGUCGGCGGCUCGCAGCGCGAGGAGCGCACGGACAAGCUCGAGGCGAAGAUGGUCGAGUUCGGCCUCGACCCGGAGGACUACUGGUGGUACCUCGACCUCCGCAAGUACGGCUCCGUGCCCCACGCGGGCUACGGCCUCGGCUUCGACCGCCUCGUCUGCUACGUCUCCGCCAUCGAGAACAUCCGCGACUCGAUCCCCUACCCCCGCUACCCGGGCAGCGCGACGAUUUGCUACAACCUAGCUUUGUUCGCGGCGACGGCGGCCGCGUUGAGCCCGCUGCAGAUUUCGCAGACGUCGCGUCCGUUGCAGCAGCCGCAGUCAUCGCGCCGCAACCUCCUCGCCGGCGCCGGCGGCCUCGCGGCCUUCGCCGUCGUCGAGACCGCGUCGGCCGCGGAGACGACGGCAGCGCAGAAGGAGGAGAUCGCCAAGGCCCUCGAGAAGGCGGUGUCGGAGACCGCCGCCGCGGCCGCCGCGGGCGCGGAGGUCACCUCGAAGUUCCUCGAGGACCCGGCGACGCAGAAGGCGCUCAAGGAGGCGGGCGAGACGGCGGCGAAGGUCACGGCCGACGCGGGCGCCGCCGCGGGCGAGGCGGCCUGGGCGCUGGCCAAGGGCAUCAAGGACGGCAGCGUGCAGCAGUCCGCGGCGAACACGGCCGACGUGCUGUCGCUGCCGGCGCGCAUCGCCGCCGUCGCGGCGACCGACGGCGGCGACCUCGGCAAGGCCAUCGACGAGUGGUCGAAGCUCCCCGGCGUCAAGGAGCUGAGCGCGACGUCGGGCAAGACGGCGGCGGAGCUGAGCGCCGCCGCGCUGUCGUCGGCGAACGCGGCGCUCGACGACGUCAAGAAGCGCGCCCAGUCCGGCGAGCUCGCCGAGGACGCGAAGAACGUCGGCAAGGUCGCGGGCGACGUCUCCAAGACCCUAGGCCUCGACAGCGCGUCGGGCAAGGUCGCCAAGGCCGUCGGCGACGCCACCGUCGACGUCCUCGCGUCCGUCGUCGACGGCGACGCGAAGCGGCUCGACUCCGCGGGCGCGACGGUCGCGGGCGCGUUCGAGCUCGCGACGAGGGAGGCGCCCGUCGUCUCCGGCUUCGUCGCCGGCGUCGCGUUGUCCUGGCUGCUGGGCCUCGGCAAGGACGCGCAGAUCGAGGCCCAGUCGCGCGAGAUCGCGAGGCUCAAGAAGACCAUCGACGACGUCACGGGCCUCAAGAAGCUCGUCGGCCUCGAGAAGGCGCCGUUCCGCUGGUGCGCGAAGAGCGACAGUGAAGGACGCAAGCCCGGCACGACGCCGCGCGUCGCGACGUAGGUCCGGCGGCACGCCGCGCCGAGCGCGCAGAGCGCCGGCGCCGCGACGUGGUGUGCGAUGAGGCCCCAGGCCGCCUCGGAGACGGCGGCGGUGGCGGUGGUGGUCGCCGCGGGGCGCGCUUCGAGGCGCGGCCAGUCGCGCUCCCGCCAGCGCCGGCCGCGCUGCAGGGCCGCCGCGUAGGCCGCCGCGGCGUGCGUCGCCGCGCCGGCGUCGGCUGAAGGAGCGUGCAUCUCGACCGCAACGCUGUCCGCGCCGGCGUUGGCCGACGCGAGCGCUGCUGUCGAAACGCUCUCCGAGCGCUCCAUG